AACGCUAUGAAUUAGGCCGUUCGUGACCAAUUACCUGUGUAUCUACCCAGUACUCGGGCUCAGGUGAGAGACCAUUGUUGUCCAGCCGAGUCAAGGUUUAGCUCAUGUCGGGGGAAAAUGUCGGCAGUCAGUUUGAGCGGGGGCAGUGUUUUGAUGGCUGUUAGUGCCGUGGUUCUGGGACUAGCUUACUCCACUGAGACAGAAGUACCCUUUUCAGUUUCGAGGCAUGUGAAGAUUUUCGACGUCUCCUACGAUGUCCCUGACACACCCGGGGUCCCUCGAGUUUUAUCCCCCUCCUUCUUUAGGGUGAGUUUCCACCUCCAUCAUUCUGGACACACCCUGGAGCUGACACGAAACACUGGGAUCCGCCCACAAACAGUGGGAUGUGUACACCCCACGGGGAGAUGCCCAUCCACCGAUGUACAGAAGUUGGUGACCUUCUAUCAGGACGUGAACAAUGGCGCCUCUUUUCAGCUCACGUGUUCUGAGGAGCUGUGUAGAACUUUUACUCUGCAAGGAACUUUUAUAUGGAAAAAUUCCAUGUACUCCAUGGAGCCUAUCAAGGAUUCCAGAAAAUACAAAAUAGAGAAACUGUCAGGAUCAAACCAACUUAAGACGGAUUACAUCAAACUAGACGAGACAAGACGCGCCCCCAAACGGGGGAGACAUAAGCGGGCCAGCGGCCAGCACGAUGUGGAGCUCCUGUUUGUGACCGACUACUCCGUGUAUCAACACUGGAGAUACUUUGCGGGUAGUGCUGCCUCUGAAGCUGAUGUAGAGAACUUUAUUAACACGUUCUAUGCGUUUCUUGCAAACGGGGUGGACGUCCGGUAUCUUGGAAUAAACACAGAGCCAUACAGAAUUGGAGUUGUUUAUAUAGGAGUCGUCAUCGCAAAGAGCCUUACAGAGUCGCCCUGGUCCUAUAGCAACGACACUGUAGAUGCUGACCAGGUCCUGAAAGAAUUUAAAGAUUGGGUAACCAACAAUAGGAACAGGCUGCCGAGACACGACCACGCCAUGGCGUUCACCAGACACAACAUAGUGAGGUCCCUGGGUACAUCUUCUAGUGCCGAUAUUGCAGGCUACGCUUUCCAAGGAGGAAUAUGUGAACCAGAAAGUGUGUCUGUGGUGGAAGAAAGCCUAAACUUCAUCUCGCACACAGUAGCUGCUCACGAACUGGGACACAGUCUCGGCGCCAAACACGACGGGAAUGAGAACAGCUGCCGCGCCUACGACCAUUACAUCAUGGAGGCCACCAGUUCAGCGCAGAGCGGGGGUAAAGCGAGGAAUCCCUGGAGGUUCUCUUCCUGCUCCAUGAACGAAAUGAGCAAUCUCCUGGAGUCUCUUGAUAAGAAUGGGACCAACUGUCUGAAGAGAAAGGACUACUCCGGUACUCUCCCCAACCUGGCAGAAUACGUCACGUCGAACAUCGGACAACAGUACAACAUUCACCAGCAGUGUGCUCACAUCAUGAGGAAUUCACAAUCUUACGCUUGCAUGAACAAUUUCAACAACGACUUUUCGACCAUUUGUACCGGACUGUGGUGCCUCAAUCCCAGCUCUGGGUUUUCCUGUAACCUUGUUGUUCCCUUUGAUUAUACAACAUGCGGGACGGGUAAAUGGUGCGUCAAUGGUGAAUGCAUGGCGGAUAACAGUGCGCCUAGAGAGCCGGGGAACUGUCUGUUUGGCAACUACCCCAAAGUAGACUGCUCGGGGAUAGGCAAGGAUCCCUCCGUUUGCUACUUUGGAACCGCGACUAGCUGUUGUAAAAGUUGUAAUGACGUCAGCACUGGUGUAUCCGGGUGUGAAUACGGUGACCGCCAGGGUGUGUGUUACACCAUCACUUCCGGGGCACCUUGUUACGCCUCAGACACAGACAUCCAAUGCUGUGACACAUGUGCCUCCUUCAGAACGCAAAUUCCAUCCUGUGAGUACGGAGACAAGAGGAACUGCUCCGCCCUCACCAACCCCAUGGACUGCUACGCGCCACUGUCCGACGGAAGCGCCGCGCGGACCGUAUGCUGCCAAACCUGUGCCGAAUAUGAGACAGGCAUUCAAGACUGUAUGUAUGGGGACAAGGUGCUGGACUGUCGGGUCGCGGAGUGCCCCACCUACGCCGCGGCGGGGGUGCUGGACGACUGCUGUGAGACCUGUCGGUACUACAUCGUGUCCACCCCGACCCCCCGCGCCAACAGUACUGCUCUGCCAACGUGGGUGAUACCUGUUGCGGCCGGUGGUGGCGGUGGCCUGUUGCUUAUCGUCAUUAUCAUUGUUGCUUGUUGCUGUUGUCGCAAAAGUCCAAGCGAAAGGGCUGAAUUAAAAUAUCGACCUGAUGCGCCAAGGAAUGGAGUAAAACAACAAAAUAGACCCCCACAGUCAAAUCCUCUCUACAAGAGUGAGAUACGACAACCAAAGACCCAAGAGUAUAUGGGGCCUAUCAGUUCCGGGGGCUAUUCUCACACCUACGACCGGCCUGACAUGCGUCAGCAGCAGCAGCAAAUGACAGGUCUACAGCGUCAGGGGUCCAUAGACUCCCACGUGUACAUGGAGCUCGAGCCCGACCCCAGUGUUCAGACGGGAUAUGUGGUAUCUAGUAAUUCAUCAGAUCAGAGGUACACAAACGCUGGAUAUAUCCACUCAUGACAGUAUUAUCAUAAAGAAUCUCAAACUGGUGCAUCCUUUAUACUUGUGUUUUGCUCUCUAUAUUGACGAUGGUAUUGUAUUCGCAUUUAAGUUCCUUGUCAGUAGUAGUCUACAAUCAAAUUGCAUCUUUCUAGGAAAGUUAGCAUGUUGCUGUUUGCUUUUUUAAUGUCAAUCAAAAAUACAUAUAUGCCUAUUGAAUUAAUGAAAUAAAAUAUUGAAAUAGGUGUGAGGGAUAUCAAAACCUCGAAGGAUAAUUAUACCCAAUCUCUAUACAAUCAAAUUGUAUCCAUCACAUGAUGUUUACAAAUUGCUGCUUGUUGACUUGACAAAUCAAAAAGUACUUAUAUUUAAUGAAUAUAGAAAUAAUUCCAAAUAGAUGCGAUGGAUAUCAAAAGAUCAAACGAUAUCAAUAACAUACAUAUCAUACAAUAAGAUCGUGAUGACGUGUUGAAGUUUGCUUACGUCUUUUAUCCCAAACAAAACUUCGUUUGUAUACUUAAUGCAAAAACUAUUUGGAGAUAGGUAUAUGAGAUAAUUUUUUUUCUACUUAUCAGAAGUUAUCUAAAAACUUCUAAACCCUAUCAGUUUUGUAGUUUCUUAACAGGCACAAGAGCAAAUGGUUAAAAGAUUCUGUUUUUCAACCGCUGGGUAAAUAUGAUGUAUAUAAUAAUAUAAUUGAUGUUUUAAUAAUUGCGAUGUAACUAUUUCGAUGUUUUUGUAUAUGUAUAAUAUUGUUUCAGCAUAAUGCGUGAAUAUCAAAAGCAUUAAUAGUGGUGCUCAAUUGUGCAUGAUUAUCAACAACUUUUGUGCAUGUGAUAAAGGUUAACAGGCACUGAUAUAGGAUUUCAAAGGCAUUAAAGUCGUAUUAUCAUUAAACAAUAUACAUUGUAUAUGAAUUUACGUUUUAAUCACAGCAAAGCGUGGUGACUCUUUUAAUAUAAUUUUUAACUUUGUAGAACAAACAUAUUCUGCACACACAUUUAUGAAUAUUGACAUAUUCAGCAAAAACAAAAAAACGCACUUGUCAUAUGCGACAAGAUUUGUUCAUAAUCUCGUGUCAUAAAUCUGAUCCCGAUAUCAGCAUUUGUCUUGAAAUCGUACUUACAAAAAUUGUCCAGCUCUCUUCUUGCUAUAUUGCAAAUGUUAAGGAUGUUUAUCUUAGGAUUUUGAUGAAACUUUUUUCUUUCUUAUUAUUACCGAUAUCUAUGUAUAUUCCUGUGUACAUGCAAAUAUUAAAAUGUUUUCAAUUGUGUUCAGUUGUUAGCAUAAUAUACCUUUGUGAGAUUUUAAAUAUUAUCAUUUUGUACACUUAUAACAUGACGUCACAUUGUAUUGAGGAUAAGAUCUCUGUACUAUAAUUUAUGUACUGGAAUUAAUUAAAAAGUUCAAACUUUU